AUGGAGGUUGCCAUGGUCGUCAGCGCAAGAGCCAGCCUGCUGAUCCUCGUCAUCUCCCUCUGCUCUCCGUACAAAUUCAUACAGAGCCCCAUGGACCUGGGCCCCCUGAACCUGCUCCCCACCACCAGCACCGCGGCCGCGUCCAGCGACUUCGGCAGGAUACUCUUCCGCGCCCCGGCCGCGGUGCUGAGGCCCCAGUCGCCGAGGGACAUCUCCAUGCUGCUCAGCUUCCUCUCCGGCUCGCCCUCGCUGAGCAGGGUCACGGUGGCGGCCAGGGGGGCAGGCCACUCCAUCCACGGGCAGGCGCAGGCCCCGGACGGCAUUGUGGUGGAGACGCGCUCCUUGCCCGGCGAGAUGGAGUUCCACCACGUCCGCGGGGGAGGCGAAGGGCGUGCCUCCUACGCCGACGUGGGCGGCGGGGUUCUGUGGAUCGAGCUCCUGGAGCGGAGCCUGAAGCUUGGGCUGGCUCCCAGGUCCUGGACCGACUACCUCUACCUCACUGUCGGCGGGACGCUGUCCAAUGCCGGCAUCAGCGGGCAGACGUUCAAGCACGGGCCACAGAUCAGCAACGUCCUCCAGCUGGAGGUAGUCACAGGACGAGGGGAGAUUGUGGAAUGCUCACCCAGCAAGGAGGCCGACCUGUUCAAUGCCGUCCUGGGAGGCCUAGGCCAGUUCGGCAUCAUAACCAGGGCCAGGAUCCUGCUGCAGGAGGCUCCGGAGAAGGUGACGUGGGUGAGGGCCUUCUACGACGACUUGGGCGCCUUCACCAGGGACCAGGAGCUGCUGGUGUCGAUUCCGGAUUCGGUGGACUACGUGGAAGGGUUCAUGGUCCUGAACGAGCGGUCCCUCCACAGCUCCUCCAUCGCCUUCCCCGCGAGCGUGGACUUCAGCCCGGAUUUCGGCACCAGGAGCAGCCCUAGGAUCUACUACUGCGUCGAGUUCGCGGUGCACCACCACCACGGUUACCAGAAGCAGUCUCAGGCGGCCGUGGAGGCCAUCUCGAGGCGGAUGAGCCACAUGGCGUCCCAGCUGUACAGCGUGGAGGUGUCCUACUUGGACUUCCUGAACCGGGUCAGGAUGGAGGAGGUGAGCCUGCGGAGCGCCGGGAUGUGGGAGGAGGUGCACCACCCGUGGCUCAACAUGUUCGUGCCCAAGCCCGGGGUCGCUGGCUUCAGGGAUCUGCUCAUGGACAACGUCUCGCCGGAUAGCUUUCAGGGCCUCAUCCUCAUCUACCCACUCCUCAGAGACAAGUGGGACACCAACACGUCGGUCGUGAUCCCGGACUCCGGGCCCACCGCGGACGACCCGGUGAUGUACGUGGUCGGCAUCCUCAGGUCCGCGAACCCUGGUCCAGAAGAAGACGGUGACGGCUGCUCCCACCGCUGCCUGCACGAGCUCCUCCGCAGCCACCGCCGGAUCGCCGACGCCGCGGAGGCGCGCCUCGGCGCCAAGCAGUACCUGCCUCACCACCCGACCCCGGCCCGCUGGCAGCAGCACCUGGGCCGGCGCUGGGAGCGCUUCGCGGACCGCAAGGCCCGGUUCGACCCGCUGCGCAUCCUGGGGCCCGGCCAGGGCAUAUUCCCUCGGACGGCCCAGGAUGCUGCCGCCGCUGCUGCGUACGGGAGCUAGCAUUUUAU